CGCCCCGCCGCGAUGUUCCGCGGCCGCAGCGCCUGGUUCUCGCAGAGCGUCAGCCCGGGCCCGCGGGAGCUGUGGGCGGCUGGUGGCGGGGCACUCGCCCACCGGCAGGAUGCCGACUACCUCUUCAGCAGCGACGCCGACCACCCAGACACCCGCAGAAUACACCAGAGCCUCGAUUACUUGGAGGGCAGAGCUACCGUCUUUCACUCCCGUUACCUCUCCGCCUGGGCGAGCAGCGGCGCCGCAGCGAAGCCGUCGGUGGUUCUGGGCCACUUCGUCCUGCCCCCCGCCUGCCUGCAAGAAGAAAUCAGAAGGCAAAUCGGUGGUUUUAUUUGGGAGCAGGCAGAUGAUUCCCUUGCAGAACAGCCCAAUGAAAACCUGACGGAUGACGAACCAGAGGUGGCAAGAAAAGGCUGUGAGGAAGAAGCGGAGGAGGAUGUGCUAGACCUGGCUGAAAGCAGCGAAGAAGAAACAGGCUCCAGAGGUCCUGCCCAAGGGGAAUUUCCAUACCGUGCCCUCCAGGAAUACCCCCUGAACAACAUGGUGACAGGCUACACCUCCGCCCGUGACAUGAAGAAAUACACCGGAGAGCUCCGGGAUUUCACUCCCGGCACCUCGGGCUACACGGUGUAUUGGAUUCAGAAUGAAAUUAACAUUCACUCUGAUGCUAAGACUAGAGCAAAGAGAAAAUUGUAAGUAACGGGUAGCUGCUAGCAUCAAAAGCUUCACUGCCAGCGAGCUACCGGUGGCCUUUGGGAAUUUGAUCCCAUAGUUAGGUGCUCGGAUGCCUCCUUGCUCGCUCUCCUCUGCAGGUUGAUGGUUAUUUUAACCAUCAGUCUGUGUUCUCCCCGUGUUUUAGUUAAAUAGCGAAGAGAUUGGUGGUAUUGAGCUGCAAAUUCCGAGUUACAUCUCCGCGGUACACAGGAUUUAUGAAUUAUCUCUGCUUAGCUUAUCUGCUUGCCUCAGCACGUUCAAUGUAUAUUUAAAUACCUGCCUACACUUACUAUUUUCUUCUAUGAGUAACUAUUUGAAAGAAAUUCCACAGCAAACUUAAAUAUAGACAUU